AUGGGGGUCCUCAUGGGCACAUCUGCUAGGAGCAUCCUCAGACCCAUCAACUCUUCUACGAACACAAUCAUUAAAGUAAGCCUUUUCUUUUUUCUAGCAACACCACCCCUCUCAGUGUUGAGUAUUGACAUGCUUGUGACAGAUAACAAGAAGCUUCACAACACCAACAUGUACAAGAACCCCAACCUGAUUGUGCGUAGAAAUAAAGAAUUCACCGUCAUCGUCAGCUUUGACCGCCCUUUCAAUAAUCAGCUGGACAGUGUACAACUGGAGUUUGUGAUUGGCAGCACACCUGAUGAAAACAAGGGUACCUUCAUCACUGUGUCCAUUGGUAAAAAUAAACGUGACAUUCUCUGGCAGGCUCGUGUGGUGACCACACAAGGCAAUGACAUAAUGGUGGGCAUAACACCAGAUCCGAACUGCAUAGUAGGCAGGUUUAGCACUUUUGUCACUGUAGUGACUGAUUUUGGAAAACAGCGCACUCAGAAGAACUCUGACACCGAUGUCUAUGUGCUGUUUAAUCCUUGGGACCCUGCGGAUCAAGUGUACAUGCCCAAAGAUACCGAGAGGCAGGAGUAUUUGUUGAAUGAAGUGGGGACUAUCUACAAUGGAGACUAUAACAACAUGACCUCCCGUUCAUGGAACUAUGGACAGUUUCAACAAGGAGUUCUGGAUGCUUGCCUUCUAGUUAUGGAUACUGGCAAAGUACCUCUAAUAUACCGUGGAAAUGCCACUGAGAUAGUCCGGCAAGGCUCAGCUCUGAUGAACUCCCAAGAUGAUAAUGGUGUCCUGGUUGGCAACUGGAGUAGUGAUUACUCCCUUGGCACAGCACCUACAGCUUGGACAGGCAGUCCUGAAAUUCUGCUCAAAUAUGCCAGAGAAGGUUGUGUGCCUGUUUGCUUUGCUCAGUGCUGGGUGUUUGCUGGUGUGCUGAACACUUUUUUGCGCUGUCUCGGGAUCCCUGCAAGGAUCAUCACCAACUACUGCUCCGCUCACGAUAACACGGGAAACCUGAAGACAGACAUUGUGCUGGAUGAAUCUGGGAAUGUGAACAAAGGAAGAACAAGAGAUUCAGUUUGGAACUACCACUGCUGGAAUGAAGUGUACAUGAAGAGGCCUGAUCUGCCAGAAAAAUACUCUGGUUGGCAGGUGGUUGACUGCACCCCUCAAGAGACCAGUGAUGGUCUUUAUCGAUGCGGCCCGACAUCUGUCAAGGCCGUCAAAGAGGGAGAGCUCAGCUAUCCAUUUGAUGCAAGGUUUGUCUUUGCUGAGCUGAACAGUGAUGUGGUUUACCAUCAGUCUGAUAAGUACGGAAACUUAAAGAUCAUCUACGUGGAUGCCGGGUAUACUGGAAAGCUUAUUGUGACCAAAAAGCCGAACAGUAACGGCUAUGAUGAUAUUACAUCCAACUACAAAUAUCCAGAAGGUAGUGAAAUGGACAGACAGACCAUGCAGAAUGCAGAGCGUCGUGGUGUCACAACCAGGGAUUACAUCCCACUCACUGAAGCUGGUGUGGAGAUAGAGCUUCUGGCUGACACCAUCAAAAUGGGUGAUGACUUCAUGCUGACCAUGAACAUUAAGAACCAGAGCAGCAAGACCUGCACUAUCCGUACCACCCUCACAGGCUGUGUGGUGUUUUACACAGGGGUCACCAGCACCUUCUUCAAAUCUGAAAAAAAAAAUGCAACUGUAGGUCCCCGGAAGACUCAGACCCUGAAGAUAAAUGUCCAAGCUUUUGAGUACAUGCCCUACCUGGUGGAACAGUCCAACCUGCAGUUCAUUGUGUACGGGCGCAUUGACGAAACAGGAGUGUCCCUUUCAACGAUGAAAGUCAUCACACUGCGCCCUCCUGAACUCGUUUUACGGGUGUCUGGAACUGCCCAGGUUGGCAAGGAUCUCAUGGUCAGUGUGGAAUUCCGGAAUCCUUAUAAAUUCAUUCUGAAAAACGUUCAGCUCCGCCUUGAUGGACCUGGUCUAAUACAGACCAAACUUAAAACAUACAGGGAGAUUAUAUCUGGUGGCUUUUUGCAAUAUGUAGACACGAUCACACCUAUGAGUCCUGGGAGAAAGAUGCUGAUAGCGUGUCUGGACUGCGCUGCACUGAGACAGGUCACCAACCAGCUGGAAAUCAACGUCAUGUAACAUUAUUUGUACAACUAACUGCCAUAAGAUACAAAGAGGGAACAAGAAAGAGAAAGAAAAAGAAUAGGAAAAUGAGAGAAAGAACACAUUAGAAGGGUUCCCAGUACCGUGCGAAUAAAUGCCCAUUCGUUAUGCUUUGCUUGCUUUUCCAAUGAUAAAUUAAAACACAAUCUAAUGUAGUGGUUCUCAACUGGUUUUGCUUCAGACCCAGAUUUUUACAUCAAGUAGUGUCCCAACACAGCACCAGAAUUGUUUAUCGUAUAAAAGUAAAAAAAAUGUCCAUACAAUCAAAUAUGACAUUUUGUAAAAUUACCAUGAAUUGCAUAGGCCUAACAAUUUGCAAAAAGAUUAACAUGACAUUGGAAAAGUGACAAUUUUGUAACCAGUCUAACACAUGGAGCAGUUAGGCAAAAUAUUGUAUUAGUCAUAUUACCAAGUGACAGAUGAAUUUGUACCAAAGUACAGUAGAAUUUAGUAAUGCACAGCCUUUGAUGCCAACAACAUAAAAUAUGGGAAGUGUUUUGAAAUAAUAAGAUAAGCCUAUUUAUUUUACUAUAACAAAGCAUGAUUAUAUGGUCAGUUGCAUUUUAUUAUUUGCAUUUAGCAUUGUUUUUUCUCUCUCUGCUGCCCGCCACCCUAUCAGAACACACCUGUGACCCAUUUUUGGGACCAAUUGAGAACCACUUAUAUCAUUUUUUUAGAUUUAAAUAAACUUUUUUAUAUAUUCGUUAGUUGAAUAAGCAAGAACUAUAAAAUAAAAUAAGCAUCCACUGAAAUUUAUGAAGAAAAGUAAGAUGCUAUGCAAUCAUAUAAAAUAGUCAUGCUCUACAUAACAUAUGUCUGUUGUUUUUCUUGGGCAAGGAUCAGGUUUUAUCCUAAUUAACAUACACAAU